GAUUCAUGUCAGUAUUUAUCGGCCAUUUUUGGCAACUCGUCAAGAGAUCUGUGUGCCUUAGUAAUCAGCCAGAAUGUUAUCACGUAUUCAGUAAUGUUAAACUUUCUCAAUGUUCAUAUGCCGCCACGUAGGGAACCCGAUCAUCAGGCUCCUACUCAGGCUACUGUAGUCCGCCAGUUUCGCGACUAUCACGCUGAAAAGUUCUCAGGACAGGGAGAUCCCCGCAUCGUAGAUGAAUGGAUUCAGGGCCUAGAGUUUAUCUUUGAGCUAGUCCGCGAAAAGUACUACCCCUCUUAUUAUCUGGCAGAGAUGGAGCGUCAGUUCUUAGCGCUCCAGCAGGGCACUCGUACGGUUGAUGAGUACGAGCGAGAGUUCACUAGACUUGCAGCUUUCGUACCGGACCUGGUUCGCACGGAGGCUCGGAGAGCGCAGCGGUUCAUCGACGGGCUUUUCCCAGUAGUCCGUCAUAACAUCGUGGGACACGGGACUCAGACCUACGCUCGCGCAGUUUCUAUCGCCCAGGAGGUGGACGCUAGCAUCAGGAGGGAGGCCGUCCGUGAUCGUGCCCAGCCAUCCGCCCCAGUUCAGCCAUUCGCAGCUCCACCAGCUCUACCAGCUCCUCAGCCAGCGAAGGAGAAGAAGAGAAAGGGGAAGGGCACACAGACUGACCGGAGGACCCGACAGAGACAGCAGCAGGUUCCACCGUGCCCGACUUGCAGACGACUUCAUCGGGGAGAGUGCCACAUGGGUCAGGAUAUCUGCUACUAUUGCCACGAGCCUGGACAUUUUGCGAGUCGCUGUCCGAAGAGACUUCAGCAGCAGCCUCAGCAGCCUCCGCAGCCACCACAGCAGCAGCAGCCACGUCAGCAGGCACAGAGGCCGCCUCAGCA